AUGAGUUCCUUGUUGGAGAAAUAUAAUAUCAAGCAUAAGGUGUCCACGGCAUACCACCCUCAGACGAACAGACAAGCAGAGAUAUCAAACAGAGAAAUUAAAGGGAUUCUGGAGAAGGUAGUGCAUAUCGGUAGAAAAGAUUGGUCCUACAAGUUAGAUGAUGCAUUAUGGGCGUAUAGAACUGCUUACAAAACUCCAAUAGGAACUUCCCCUUACAAGCUAGUCUUUGGGUUGCCAUACCGAUCCAACAGUCAUCUACUGCUUGAGUUGGAACAGAAGACGUUUUGGGCUGUGAAGAGGUUGAAUAUGGAUCUAGCAGCAGCAGGAGAAGCGAGAAAAUUUCAGCUACUAGAGUUGGAUGAAUUCAGAAAAGAAGCUUACGAGAACGCAAAGGUUUACAAAGAAAAGACCAAGGUGUGGCAUGACAGAACAAUAAAGCCAAGAACAUUUGAAGAAGGACAGAGGGCGUUGUUAUUCAACUCAAGGCUAAAGUUGUUUACUGGAAAAUUAAAGUCAAGAUGGUCAGGACCAUUCACAGUGGUGAAGAUAUAUCUUUAUGGAGUUGUAACUGUCAAGGAAGAUCAAACUGAAAGGGAGUUCACUGUGAAUGGGCAAAGAAUGAAGCAUUACUGGGGAGGAGAAGUGGUGAGGAAGACGGAUUCCCACCAGCUGAGGUCAACAUAA